AUGGCGACGGAGGCUACCACCGUGUUCAAAGUGAUGAACCAAGAGUUCGUGAAACUCGAUCGAUUUGACGGCACAAACUUCAACCGCUGGAAGGACAAGAUGUUGUUCCUCCUUACUGUCUUAAAUGUCGCGUACGUUCUGGACCCGAACCUGCAACCCUUGGAGGAUCCCGCCCCCGAUGCAACCCCCAAGGAAAUCGCAAAGGUGGCCGAACUCAAGAAGAAGCGUGAGGAAGACAAAUUCACAUGUCGUGGACACAUCCUCAACACUUUGUCCGAUCGACUGUACGAUCUUUACAUGUCGAUGCAGUCCCCGAUGGAGUUAUGGAAAGCUCUUGAGGAGAAAUACAACACCGAGCGGCAAGGUACCGAUAAAUUUUUAAUGAUGAAGUAUUUCGAAUUCAAAAUGCUCGAUAGUGUCCCUAUCAUGGAUCAAGUCCAUGAACUACAAAUCCUUGUAAGCAGGCUUCGUGACCUAAAAGUUAUUAUUCCAAAAUCGCUACAAGUCGGGGCUAUCAUCUCAAAGUUACCUUUGUCUUGGAACAAUUACCGGAAGAAACUCCUGCAUAUGACGGAGGACUUCACUGUGGAGAAAAAACUUAGGCAUUUGCAUAUUGAAGAGGAAAUUCAGAAGCGCGAUGCAAUGUAUCUUCCCCAAGGUUCUAAAGUGAACCAUGUGAGUGAGUCCAAGAACUCUCGGAAAGGCAAGCGAAAGGCCACAUCCGAGACCGAGGACAAGCAAGACAAGAAGAGAAAGUCUCGCAAUCGCUACCAUUGGAAUAAGAAAGGGCACUACAUUAAGGAUUGUAAACUUCUCAAAAAGGAGAAAGAUGCCACAACUUCCAAAGCCAAUAUGGUUGAGGACAUGGACUUAGUGGCCAUGGUUACGGGAGGAAUCGAGAGCUUAGAGAUUGAUAUGAUUACCGAACUCAACAUAGCCAUGACCGAUAAGUCCUAUAAUUGGUGGCUCGACUCCUGA